GUCUUAACAAACGGAAAUUAAGAAUGGUUACAAAGAGGAUCCGAACGGAGUAUAUGAAGAGAUUCAAGGACCCAAAAUGGGAAACCUACGCCAAGUGUUAUGAGGAGAUGGUAAAGUACAGACUGACGAGAAGGCUUUUGGAACAAACACAUAAUCCGUGGUUUUGGAACGGUGACAGUGACUCGGAAUCCAGCAGGUCCACUCCUCAAAAUAAUAAAGUUGAGCCAUUGGUCCUAAAAGAAGAAUCACAACGAGAACGUGAGAGAAAGAUUCCACCUAAACAACCAUUUGAACAGAAGAUCCCAAUUUCAGAAGAAGUGCAUGAAGAAGUUGCUUCUCCGCAGACCUCGCCACCCAUUGGUAAAGCAUUUUUAAGGUCAAUGUUUACAGUUUAUUAUCAAUCAGUUAGAAUAUAAUUUUUUUAAUGUUUGUUUCAUUAUCCAUAUAUCCUCAGUAAUUUUCUUACACAGUCUUGCACAAUUUCACCAAUAUAUUUGAUAUGUUUAAAACAAUGUUUAUGCAGAUGGAAAUUAGCUGUUAACAGCUACCAGAGACUCAUGUUUUUGUUGUAGACUGUCCCUGCCUGGUCAAAUAAAGUUAAUAAAAUAAAACAAAUAAAGAAUUAAACAAUAGGACUCUCAUGCAACUGUUUAUGUUAUAACUGAUAAGUUAACAUGGCAUGAUAUAAACCUUUUGUAUCACACCCUCUGUCUGUUAACUGUUUCUUCCUACAACACUUGCACAUAUUAAAAACUAAAAGGUAUACUAAUAAAAUGAUAGAACUCAUAAGUAUUCCUCAUCCCUUCCUAGAUGUACAGGUUGCUGUGGACAGAGGCUGUGGAGAGACAGAGGAAGAGAAGCUGGGACAAGUAUUAACUGCCUCUGAGUUAGGGAAGAAGCCAGAGGCCCAAACUACAGCCAAACGGUCCAGAAAGCCCCCCAGGGCAUGUAGCCAGCUACGGAAGCCCAAAGAGACUGACAAGAAAAACAGGCACCCAUUUGCCCUGUAUGGAGGGGGUGACAGGCCAGCUGAGAUGGCUAGGAAGAAGACUCACAAUGUGGGUCCAGCUGCAUCAACCAAGGAGGUGAUUACUCACUAAUGCAAAUUCCAAAAGGUCUGUCAAGUGUUUGAUUCAGUGUAGUAGGUCAAUGGGGCGGUUUCUCGGACCCAGAUUAAACAUAGUCCUGAACUAAAAAUAAUAUUCAAUGGAGAAUCUCCGGUAACCGACCCAUAGUAUUCCUUUACUUCAUUUCACUAACUCUUGUUGUGGUCCUCAGAUCCACCAGUCUGCAUUAACUCUUAUGUUGUGGUCCUCAGAUCCACCAGUCUGCAUUAACUCUUAUGCUGUGGUCCUCAGAUCCACCAGUCUGCAUUAACUCUUAUGCUGUGGUCCUCAGAUCCACCAGUCUGCAUUAACUCUUAUGCUGUGGUCCUCAGAUCCACCAGUCUGCAUGAACUCUUAUGCUGUGGUCCUCAGAUCCACCAGUCUGCAUUAACUCUUAUGCUGUGGUCCUCAGAUCCACCAGUCUGCAUUAACUCUUAUGCUGUGGUCCUCAGAUCCACCAGUCUGCAUUACGGGCCAAAACCAGACGGGAGGUUGAGAAGCAGGUGCAGAAAGUGGACAAGCAGAGAGUGCGGUCUGCAGAGCUGGAGAAAGAGACCAUGACCAAACCUGACUUUGACCCCUGGAUGACGGAGUACAUGCGCUGCUUUUCUGCCAGGUCCUGAUAGAUAUAGAGGGCAAUACUUAUGAAAAACAUAAGAUGGGGAAUAUGGUCUUCUUUAUCAAAUAUAAAACAUAUAGAAUUAUUUUGUUUCCAAAGUUUGCAUUCACCAUGCUUUUCAAACUUUUUAAUGUUAAUAUAUUCCUUAGUCACUACAAAGUAUUGCGUCCAAAUCAUGCAUUAACGUAAUUCAGUUUUAGAACGGUAAUGCACAAAACCCUCUGAGUGAACAGAUUUGUCUUGCAGUAACAAUGUGCAGUAAAUAGUCCUCUCUGUUUGUGAAAUACAAUAUCACUGUCCAAAGGUAUUUCUACACAGUAUGGCACUAGAUAGUCCUGGUCUCAGCUUAUUGCUCUUUGCACCGCCAGGACCCAGCCAAGGGUUCCUCUCAGGCGGCCUUAGGUUUAGGUGGUAUACCGGGGUAUUUUGAAAUACAGACGGUAUGAUUU